AUGGAAACUGCUAUUGAGUCCCCUGCUCGUGCUUGCGUGUUUCGUAGUAGCAACGACGACGACAAUAGUAUGUUGGACUGCCAUCAGCAAUCAACAGCUCGUGUUCAACCAGACGCAUCUACUCCCGUCCAGACCAUCGCAGCGGAUGCAACAUGUUGUAUAAAUCCAGAGCAGCAGCAACCACUAUCCAUGCACCACCAUUCACCUGGCUCAUAUCAACAACAACAGAAACAGAUACCACAUGCGGCGCCCUUGUCGAUUUCAGUUGGUAGAUUGAGAAUUGAAGAUGACAAGACUAACAUUUGCCCGCUAUCGCCAUUACCACAGUUGCCAUUGCAGACAACACAUCAGUAUCCAAAACAGCCGGUGGAUCCACAGCCAACUCUAUUUACUCCAAACCAAUUAGAUUUAAACCAGCCUAUAAGAUUUAAUCAGAAUCACCAACCGCCACUCUGCCAUCAGCCAGGUCUAUCUGCAUCGCCAUUUAAACAUGACGAAUUAUGUCAACAUUCCCAAUGUCCAACAGCCACAUACUCUCUCCCACCACUGCCAAGACCUGAAUGCAAAGAUAGUCAUAUAGAUACCCAUUCUCCCCAAUUCAGCCUUCCUGCUAGACUUAAAUUCAAAGGCACUACUUCUUUACGGAAUCAUCCAUAUCCAUUGCCAGUUGUUGGAACAUAUCCUUCGACAUUGCCAGCUACUCUUGCUUCUACAACUAGACUCACAUCCGCACCAUGUGGUAAUACCUUUAUCCCACAUCCUAUUCCAGCCUUUAAUCCAGAUUCUGUUUUAGAAACCUCGUCGGCACCAAAACAUUCUUCAUUUACUGAUCAACCUAUUCACGCUCUCGCGUUUUCUACUCAGCAGCCACGAAAACGUCACUCGCUCCCAUCCUUUGCCGAACUAGGUCUUGCUUUGGACCGAAUGAAGCAUACUGUUGCACAUACCAACAGAUCUUAUCAAACUCCAUUCCCUUUUGUUUCAGACUUUGCUCCAGCUGUUAGGGGUUCGCCAUCCAUGAUUAGCCAGUGUAAGGUCCCAUCUUCCACUAUAAACAGUCUCGAGGCAACUGUUUCGCUAGAUGAUGCUACCAAUAUAAACCCUUCCCCAGAUACACUGUUGCCAUCACUAUCCCAUAGUUCAUUGGCAUUUCAACCAUCUUCCACUAAUUUAAAUGAAUCGGUAAAAUAUGCUUUACCAGCAGAUUAUAGUUACGGCACAUCCAACUAUUCGGACCUUGCCAGAUCAAACUAUACUCAAGCAUCACAUUCUAUUAUCGGAGAAUCCGACCACCGCCAUGCUCAGUACGCUUGGUCUCAAUCGUAUCCCGAUCCUACGUAUCAUCGAGAUGUUCAAGCAUACACCAGUGCUUGCUGUGCCGAAUAUUCUUAUCCAACCCAUUCUUCAUACCCCACUUAUUCUCCUCGGUAUACUCAUUGUUACCCGCCUCUGAACCAUGAUGGGUAUACAUCUCGUUCUACAACAGAUCCGUGCCAAUAUCACUCUCCAUAUUGGCAGGUACAUUCAACACAAGGGCCGUAUUCCUAUCCUCCUUCCAAGAUUAACACUGAUGUCGCAAAAAAAUACAUAGAGAGUCCAAAUAGACUGUUUGACCAUGUACCUGUUGACCAAAAUGCAAGUCGGCAUCAUGGCGCUUCAGUUAAACCUCCGCUCAGCUCUGUCUUAACCCAACUAGAUGCCCAUUCUUUCCAUUUAGAAAAAACCGCAUCUAAAGAUAGUGACAACAAAAGCCGAAUAUCCCUCGGAGGACUAGAGCCAAAUAUUGAAUCAGAACCAUUUCCGCAUGCAGCUCUGCAAAACUCGACCGACUCCAUCACAAAAAAGUGCGAUUCAGUUAUUCCCAUAACUGCUGUGACUGUCGCCAAUCCCAAACCCAACUUUCGCCGAAAAUAUAAAUCUAAUGCAACCAGCACUAACAAUAAAAUCAAGGAUGACUGCUCUAACCGUCGUGCUGCCAUGAAUCGCUUUAUGAACCAGUUUGCGACCGUCCCUCAGCAAAUUGCUAUUCUUCUCAAAGUAGUCCAAGAUGAGCCUGCUUUACGUGAGGUUCUUGAACGUCGUUCUUCAAUGAGUUCAUUAGUUACCAGUGGGUGCAAAACAUGGAUUACUCAGUGUUUAAGACCUAUCCUAAACUGCUAUUUUCACUGCCAUAAUGGGGACAUGACACUAUUUACUAAAACCUAUAGUACUCAUUUGGUUGCUAAGCGGUUUAAAGAAGCUGGUGGAUGUACUUGUGCACGGAAUAAAAUGCCAGACAAACAAUAG